AUGCUAAGAAGCUUCGUACGAAAGAUGCAUGUUAAACCAAUUAAAAUGAGAUGGGGUACAGGUGACAACUACAGUUACCUACUGACCAGCCAGGACCGGACGCACUCCUGGAUCAUAGACCCAGCGGAGGCAGCUGAAGUGUUGCCAGAAUUGGAUUCGUUUGAGAAGAAGAGCAUCGCUGUGAUCGCUAACACACACCACCAUUACGACCACUCGGAUGGUAAUCUGCCCAUGCUUACUGAACUUAAGAAGAGUGGGAACGACCACAACAUUAAAGUCGUCGGCGGGUCGAAAUUGUCCCCUGGUGUCACUGACAUCCCAGAACAUUUGCAUAAAUACCAAUUAGGGGACAUCGAGAUACUGUGUAUUAGAACACCGUGCCACACACAGGACUCCGUGUGCUAUUUUGCGAGAGAUACCACCACGAACGAACAGUGCGUCUUUACGGGGGACACGUUGUUUACAGCUGGUUGCGGUAGGUUCUUUGAGGGGAACGGAAAGGAAAUGGAUGCCGCUUUAAACGACCGGUUGUUGCAGUGCAUUGGGGAGCCCUACUGGGGGACAACCAAAGUUUACCCAGGACACGAGUACACCGCGAGCAACGUCAAGUUUGUUCGCAAAGCUAUCUACAAUUCACCAGGACAGAACAGCGCGUUGGACAGGCUGGAAAGGUUCUGCAAAACGCAUGCAGUAACUACUGGUGAGUUUACCUUGCACGAUGAGGUCCAGUUUAACCCGUUCAUGAGGCUCGACGACCCGGCUGUGCGGGAGGCUGUGGGGGACCCCACUGGCACACUUUCCGGGGCAGAAGUAAUGACCAAGCUGAGACAGAUGAAGAACUCUAUGUAA